AACAGAGGCGGAGCAAACCUCUCCCUGCGUUGUAAAGUUUCCUCCCCGCAUUUGCUGUGCGAGGCAUUUGUGCGGGGUGCAUGGCCGACUGACUUUACCGCAAUGGAUAAUGUGUUUUUCUGUAGAGUAGCUGUGUGAACGGUGCGACGGAGACGGAGCAGAUGCGGCUCUUGCCAUGAUUCGUCCCGGGAAGCAGAGCUUUCAAGCGGCGUUGAUCUUUCUGUCUGUCGCCCAGCUGACUGCAGGUCUGAGGUGUGUUUGCCAGCUUUGUGCCAACCACACAUGUGAGACGACCGCAGACGGUGCCUGCUGGAACUCUGUGAUGCUGAUUGACGGGAAGGAGGAGACGGACAAGUCCUGCCUGUCGCCCUCUAAGUUGAAGGGCCAGGUCUUUUGCUACAGCUCCCGAAAUGUCUCCAAGAGGAACUGCUGCUUCACUGACUUCUGCAACAAUGAGACUCUGCACUUACACCCAGAAAGGCCUUUGGAAGAGCCUGGCUGGAGCAGGCUGCAGCUCACUGUGUUGAUCCUGGUUCCCUCCUGCCUGUUGUGUGUGGGGAUCCUGCUCGGUGUGUUCGUUGUGCAGGGCCGCCGCUGUGCCUACAGCAGAGCCCGCAAGCAGGACCAAGAGGAGCCUCUGGAUGACCAGAUGCUAAUGUCCACUGACAAAAGUCUUAAAGACCUCAUCUAUGACAUGAGCACCUCAGGCUCUGGAUCAGGUCUGCCACUGCUGGUCCAGCGAACUAUAGCUCGGACCAUUGUCCUGCAGGAGACCAUUGGGAAAGGUCGGUUUGGUGAAGUGUGGCGGGGAAGGUGGCGAGGAGAAGAUGUGGCGGUGAAGAUCUUCUCCUCCAGGGACGAGAGAUCAUGGUUUCGUGAAGCAGAGAUUUAUCAGACAAUCAUGCUCAGACAUGAGAACAUCUUGGGCUUCAUUGCUGCUGACAACAAAGAUAAUGGCUCAUGGACCCAGCUCUGGUUGGUGUCAGAGUACCAUGAGCAUGGCUCUCUGUAUGACUACCUGAACAGGUACACAGUCUCCUUGGAAGGCAUGAUCGUCCUCGCUCUGUCCAUAGCCAGUGGGCUGGCGCAUCUCCACAUGGAAAUCAUUGGAACACAGGGGAAACCUGCCAUUGCUCACAGGGAUCUAAAGUCUAAAAAUGUCCUGGUGAAGAAGAACGGCACGGCAGUCAUUGCGGAUUUGGGCUUGGCUGUGAAACAUGACUCAAGCACCAACUCCAUUGACAUGCCGUCCAACCACAGAGUGGGAACCAAGCGGUACAUGGCCCCAGAAAUCCUCGAUGAGACAAUCAAUAUAACUAGCUUUGAGUCAUUCAAGAGGGCGGAUAUCUACUCGCUAGGUCUGGUGUUCUGGGAACUAGCCCGAAGAUGCUCUGUUAGAGGACUUCAUGAAGAUUUCCAGCUGCCUUAUUACGACCUGGUGCCUUCUGAUCCGACCAUCGAGGACAUGAGGAAGGUGGUGUGUGAGCAGAAACUCAGACCCAACGUUCCCAACCAGUGGCAGAGCUGUGAGGCUCUGCGUGUGAUGGGCAAACUGAUGAGAGAGUGCUGGCAUGCCAACCCUGCUGCUCGACUCACUGCUCUGCGGGUCAAGAAAACGGUGUCUCAGCUGUCUGCCAUCAAGGAUGUCAAAGAUUAGUUAGAUUUGUUGCCCUGCAGAUCAGCACUGGUGCUGGCACUGGUACAACAUGAUGGACUGAGAGUUGUUGAAAGCAACAACUGUGAGAAACUGUUCUCUCUAACGGCCUGAGGCUGCCCUCUUCAGGACACAACAACACUGUUCACCCUCAGAGAGCAACUUCAGGUUGUUUUUGGUGCCAAAGUAUUGUAGGGGGUGUCUGUGGCUGCUUUGCACAUAGACACCUAGGUAAAAACAAAAUUGAACCAAACUGCUGAACUUUUGGUCGGAAGAGCCAUAUGAAAUAAGAAUAUGUCUUAUAUAUAUAGAGAUUAUUUUGCUACCUCAAACAUUUAAGUGCCCAAAGCUUGAAGUUGCACAUUGUGAUGUUUUUGUGCCAUAUCUUGUAUCAAAUACAGUAUUGCUGAGUAGUUAGUGUGCUAACUGACAAUCACAAAUGAUACUGGAUAAGACACCCUGACUGGUUCUGACUGGUUUUAAAUGCAACACUUACAUACUGUCCCUGAUAAUCUGAAUUUUAAAGUGUUAAAAGUGUACACUUAACAGGAAUACAACUGUGCAUUUCCAAGUGGAAAACAUCCUUUAGCUAAAUUUAGUUUGUUUUCAGUGUGAUUUAGUUCUGACUAGUGAUUUUAACCACCAUAGCUCCAUGAAUGGCAAUGAAGUUUGUCCAUUCGAUCUGUUGGUCCAAAUACCUCGACAUGUAUUGAAUGGAUCACAAUGACAUUCCUGGUCCCCAGAGGAUGAACCCCCGAUCCCCUGACUUUAAGUAUAUCUAAAGGCUGAUUCUCAGUUUAGUUGAGCUGAAACUAAUAAGAAUUACCGUAAAAUCAUUAGAGGUUUGGAUUUAAAGACAAAACUUUAAGUAUUUGGACAGACGUAGUGGUAAGAAUUAAAUUUAAAUAAUAAAGCAGUCUCCAUAUUUGAACAGCCUCAUGGGAUUAGUAGAGUGGCUAUAGACGUUUUCUUUGUCUUGUCCUUUACAGAAAGAGAAGUACAACUAUAAGCUCCUGCUAUACAUUUUGCACAUUUAAAGCUUUCAGUUGCUGAAAAAGCUGCUUUCUUGACAGGUGAAUGCUAGUUUGCUGACAAACAAAAGCUCAAUUAUGAAUGUGAAAAGUCAUUUUUUUUUUAUAUUUCUCAAAUGUAUUUAUUUAGACUGGAAGCAUGUUAUUCAAAUUAUUAAAUCUUAGCAACCCUAAUGCAUGGGUCAAAACAUCAGUAUUGUUAACAUUGGCUCAUUGGUAUUUCUUUUGACAGGGAAAUCUAACAACUAAGCCCAGUACAUGUUAGAAAACACUCAAUCUUUCAAGCCCAAUGCUGUUUUACAGCAGGUGUCCCAAUGUACAAGGUAAUUAUGAUGAAAUCAAAGACCAAGAUAAGAUCAGAGCUUGAUAAAGCUAAUGAUAAACUCAUAAAACAAGAGGAUAACAACAAAUUGUUUCAGUUUAAGACAUUUCACUUGGAGACCACAGUCUGGGUGAUGGGUGCUCUUAUGAUCACCAAUGCCACUGGCUGUUGAGGCCUGUAAAGCCUUGUCAAAACAGGCUUAGGGGAAGUGCACAUCAGUGAAUCUGUACACCAUGUAUGCUUGUAUGCAUCCACAUGUGUGAAAGUGUGCCUGCGUGUGUGUGUGUGCGUGCGUGUGUGUGCGUGUGUGUGUGUGUGUUUCAUAUCAUGUGAAGUGAUCCUGGGAUUAAUGAUGUGAAUCUGAUCAUUGUAGUGUUUUUGAAACAUGGUGCUGUCAAGAAAACCUUUCCAUGUUUCCCAUCCAUCAUGGCUUUUUAAUACAUCCUCCGUUAAUGUUCAUGUUUUUAGUUGCUAAGGUUUACAUACUUCCAUGUAGCUGCUUAGUGUUGACACACAUACGUGUCCUGCUGUUAUGAAGGUGUCAUUGUUAUUACUGGUUGAUAUGUAGCAUCAGCUGUGUUGGCUCUUAAAAAUAAGCUAUGUACAGUAGCCUGGCGCUCUCUUGACAAAUAUCAGUUAAUGAACAAGUUUUCAUUUUUUCUUUCUAUGAAAUGAUUAGUUGACUUCAAUCAUAGGAUCAUUUGACUUUGUAUGGUGCAGAAUAUAUAUAAAAGAAAUAUUGAAAAUGCAGUAUUAAAGCGUCCGUCCAUUGAAAAUGGAAAUGAAAAUGGAUUAUCUGAUGUUGGAUCUUUGCUGAGCCAAGCUUAUAUUUUGUCUAUUGUGUCAUAGCUGCUUCUCCAAGAAUCAGACAGGUGACACAACUCAUAGCUAAGCAUAUGAAAAACUUAUCAAUCCUUCCAAAGAGGAGUGACCACCAUGUGCAAUUUCUGACUGGUGUCUUUUUAAUAUAUUGUAUAUAAAAUUGCUAAAUAUGAACAAACAUUAUAUAUUAUAUUAUAAUAAUACCGCUUUCAUGAAAAUAAGACCUACUUUUUGAUUUCCAAACCAUCCAGUCAUUUAGAUCAAUACUUUUGAUUUAUGUGAAACUGUUUUGUGUCAUUGCUCAGAUUUCAUGCCAUUGAAUUGUAUCUUUUCUCUUGCACUAUUUAUUCUGUAUAGAAAGUAGUGAUAUUAGUGGGUCAAUAAACUGUUUUUCAUGAAGUUAA